CUGAUAAUGGACAUCAUAUUGCCUAAACUUGUCUAUGAAAUGGGAAAGGAACCAGUAAAUAGAUUCAAGUCCAUAGAUAAGUACUCAGAUUACAAAUACAUUGAACAGGUCAAAGAAAUUCUCGGGCCUAUGCAGUUUAAGAGAAUUCAGGAUUCUUUUGGUCAAUUUUUGAAGUUCUCUUCAAGAAAACUAUAUAUGGCAGGGAAGAUGAUUCACGCCAUUCUGACCAAGAGCCUAACAACCAAGAAGAACAAUGAGCUUUGGUUUCAUUUUGGAGGACAUCCUAUGAGAUUCUCUAUAAGAGAAUUUCAAAUGGUUAUGGGGUUAAAAUACAGUGAAUGGUUCCCUAAGGUUGAAGCAGAGGCAAACAACUAUGAUUGGGGUGAAUGGGAGGAUGGGCACACACCUGAGGACCUAAUCGAACUCAUGAUCCAAGCUAGUCCAGACACUCAUGAUGUGAAAUUCUGUCUAGAAAUGUUUUUGCUUAUCGAGACCAUUUUUCUUUAUAGGUAUUUAAAGGCUAAGUUCACAACAUCAAAUUUAGAGAAAGCGCAAGAUAUGAAAAAGAAUGUGCCGACUAAUCUACAAAAGGUGAAGUACACUAUGAACGGUUUCCUUGUUACGCUUCAUAUAUGGAUCUUGGAAUCCGUACCCAAGCUACAAUCGGUUUUCUCUGCAAUUGACAAAACAGUCCCACCAACAGAUUUUUUGUGUGUAAAAUAUAUUCACACAAUAUCUCCUUCUAUUAAAGUUGUUUUGAGCAUAGAAGACGAAAGCGAUAUACCUGGUGGCCUCGAAGAAUUUAGGGACCCAGACGACGAAGGAAAAAUUGAUGAGGUACAUACACUGCAUGUGGCUCCAAUGGCUACUUCCAUGGAGGCAGCUACAGAAACGGAACCACCACCGAUGGAUAAGGAUGAGGGGACCCAACGACUCUAGCAACAUGCUGCACAUACCGUGCAUGUGUCUCCAAUGGCUACUUCCACGGAGGCAGCUGCAGAAAUGGAAACAACACAGAUAAAUAAGGAUGAGGGGAUCCAAUGACUGGAUGUUGUUAGAUUUCUCGUUUCUUUUAAAUUUUAAUAUUUUAGUAAUGUCUUCCUAAACCUCUGUUAAAUGUUCCUAACACAAAUGUUAGACUAUCAAGUAUAUACCCCGCCUGUGUAUCCAAUGGCUACUUCCAUGGAGGCGGUUAUAGACAUGGGACCUAAACCUCACUUAACAUAUGGUGCUAUUAUCGAGGUAUCCAGUCCAGAUGGCAAGUGGUUUCCUGCUACAUUGAAAGGAAGACAUACAUGUAUAGGUUCAAUUCAGUAAAAUUAUGCGGAGUACUCAAUCUCUAAGAAGUCUGAGAGUGUCAACGAGAUGCUUAUCCGUCCUCCAGCGCCUCCAUUGCCUCAUGCAGAACAUUGCGAAACAUUUAUUUUGACCACUAAGAUUUCUUGAUUUAAUUUUGUAUUUUAACAGUUUAGGAAGCUCAUCUGAAACAUUUAUUAGAUAUUCCUAAAUACAUUCUGUAUUUUUGCAGGGUGGUAAAAGCACGCAGCCUUUUGCUCUUAUUUUGGCGCAAUCGUCCCCCCUGUACUACAAUAGAGCCAGUUAUUGACGAAGAUGUUACUCAGAAGAGUGGUAAAGGCACAUAGACUUUGACUCCUAUUUCAAUGCAAUCGUCCCUCUGUACUACAACAUAACCAAUUAGUGACGAAAAUGUUACUCAGAAGAGUAAUAAAUGCACGUAGCUUUCGGCUUCCAUUUUGGCACAGUUUUCCCCCUUGUACUACCACAAAGCUAGUUAAUGACGAAGAUGUUACUUAGAAGAGUGGUGAAGGCACACAGUCUUUGACUCCUGUUUUGAUGCAAUCGUCCCCCUGCACAAUAACAUAGCCAAUUAGUGACAAAAAAAUGUUGCUCAUAAUUUAAGAAUUCUUGUUAUAAUAUUGUAUUUUACUAUUUUAGGAAAAUCUUUUGAAACAUAUAUCAGAUGAUCCUAAAUAUGUUCUGUAUAUUUGCAGAGUGGUGAAGGGACUCUGUCUUUGACUCUUGCUUUAACGCAAUCAUCGACCUGUACAAUGGCUAUGUUUUGGAAGCCCUUAUGUAUGUUUCGGAGUCUCUUCUUAAAUUAUGAUAACCGAAAAUCAAAAAUCAUAUAAGCAUAAAGUUUACCUGUUCAAUUUAGCUGUACGUGAUAAUUGAAUGACUGUUUAUACCACUAGCCUAAGACAAUUUACAUCAAUUAAAUUUGGAAAUAGAACAUAAAUAAAU